AUGUAUGUCGGUCUUCGGCGUGCACGAGUUCAGGGACUGACAGCGGUUCACCAAAGUGUAAAAAUAUUCCCUCCAGAUGGGCAGGGUUGUCUCCUCGGCAGCGACUGCGUUGGCAGUGUUCAGAACAGGCGAACACCUCUUCAUCUUGCCGCUAUACUAUGCCAUCUAAAACUCCUUUGCCCUAGACGUCCAUUAGAUCUUGCGAUCACGUUUCAGCAGACGACGUAUCUUCUUCUCAGACGUUUCUCCGGGUUGAAGUCACCGGUAGUGCGGGCAACACAUGCAGAAUUGUACGCAUAUAUUGUCUCCGCAGAUGCGAAGGCGAACUUCUUCCUUGAGGCUAAAACCAGGAGUGUUUUCUUCACAGCUUCCUGA